UGUAAAAGACGCCAUUGGUUACAACAUUCCAAGAGCACCCAUCACCAAAUUCUCACCGGAGGAAAAAUCCUACCUUUUUCGCCAACUCAAUCUUCUUCGUCAAAAGCAAAGCUCUAUCCUUCUUUUUCCUUCAUGGGUUUCAUCUCCUGCACCUCAUUUCCGAAGACAAUUUCAAGAAUUCCAUCGACCCAUUUCUCCAAGCAAUUGACUUUACCAUCUUCGUGUUUACUUAACUUUGCUUUGAGGCGCGAGGAUAAACCCAAUUUCUCAUUGUCACUAUCAACGUCUUCGAUAAUGGCGACUCCAAUUCAAGCUUCUUCUUCCUCCUCCACCAUUGAUGAAACCAGUGAUGGCUUGAAGGUCCAGCCUCCUGUUUCAAUUGGGGCAAACGAUUUGCUGAUUGUUGGACCUGGUGUUCUUGGACGCUUAGUUGCAGAAAAAUGGAGAGAGGUACAUGCAGAUUGUCAAAUAUUUGGGCAGACAGUAACAACAAAUCAUCAUGCUGAGUUGGAGAAGUUGGGUAUCAAACCAUCUCUUAAAGGAACUGAAUUUGAGGGCAAGUUCUCCUAUGUUAUAUUUUGUGCUCCUCCAUCACAAAGCCCAGAUUACGCCGCUGAGCUCAGGAUGGCAGCAUCAAAGUGGAACAGCGAAGGAUCAUUCUUAUUCACAUCUAGUUCUGCACCUUAUAAUUGCUUUGAUAAUGGAGAAUGCAACGAGGAAUCUCCAGUGGUGCCACUGGGAAAGAGCCCAAGAACCGAUGUACUUUUGAAAGCUGAGAAAGUAGUGUUGGAAUGUGGAGGAACUGUCCUUAGACUUGCAGGGCUUUACACAGAGACUAGAGGUGCACAUACUUACUGGUUGAGUAAGGAGACAGUCGAUGCUCGUCCUGAUCAUAUCCUGAAUCUCAUACACUAUGAGGAUGCAGCGUCGCUGGCAGUUGCAAUCAUGAAGAAGAAAGCCGGUGGUCGGAUUUUCUUGGGUUGUGACAACCAUCCUUUGUCAAGGCAAGAGGUGAUGGACCUGAUGGCUCAAAGCGGAAAAUAUGAUAAGAAGUUCAAAGGUUUCACGAGCACCAGUGGUCCUUUAGGGAAGAAGCUGAACAACUCACGGACACGAGAGGAAAUAGGAUGGGAGCCGAAAUAUCCAAGCUUUGCUCAAUUUUUAGGAGUAUCCAAGUAAUAUUUUCAAUUGAAUCGAAAUGAUGAAGGAGUACGCUAAGAGAAGAGACCAAGAAAUCUUAGAUAAUUUGCUUUAGAGAAUGCCUCUAGAGCUGAAGAAUCCGCAAGUGUGAAGCUUUUUUUUUUUUUUUUUUUGGUUCAAACUCAUGUGUGUACUACAACAUAUUAAACAACUGAGAAAUAUUCAGAAUUCUUAUUCUUCAUAAAGUAAAAUUCCAUGUUCACUUGUUUUGAACAA